UGUUAUCAUCAUUUGAUCAUAGGAUUGCAGUGGAUUUUAUCCAUAUAAGAUUUCAGUGUCAUUAUUUAACAGAUUAAUUUAUGGUUGUUAAGCUUUGAUAAACUUUUAAUCAUCAGAUGGAUUAACAAUUUUACUACUCUUCUUCAAUUAUCAUUUACUUUUUUAAUGAAACUUUAAACUCUUCCAUAAAAUUCAAAUUAUUGGUGUUCAAGUGCACAUUUUUUGUCCUCUUUAAUUCUCAAUGAGGAUUGUGUAAGUCAACAGCAACAGCUCUCUUCAUUUUCACAUCAAACUGUGCUUAUUCUUCACUAGUCUCUGUUUUAAAGUUCACCAUGGUUCAGAAGGAUAACAUUUCUUCAAUAAUUUCGCCCCUGGUUCGCCCAGGUCCAUCGGAUAUUAGCUACAAAGAUAUGAGAUUUCUCAUCAUGGACAGGCCAACAGACAACACUUUGAACAUUUUCAUAGAGGAACUCAAAAAAAGAAAUAUUCGAGAUGUUGUUCGUGUCUGUGAACCAACUUAUAGGACUGAUUUAUUAGCAAAGGAGGGCAUCAAUAUACAUGAUUGGCAAUUUGAUGAUGGAUCACCACCACCUCAGCAUGUAGUUGAGGCAUGGUUUGACUUAUUAAAGACGAGAUUUCGAGAGGAUCCCAACAGCUGUAUUGCAGUACACUGUGUUGCUGGUCUUGGUAGAGCUCCAGUGUUAGUUGCUCUAGCAUUGAUUGAACUGGGUAUGCAAUAUGAAGAUGCCAUAGAUUUGAUUCGUCAAAAGAGGAGAGGAGCAAUAAAUGCUCGGCAAUUAUCAUAUCUUGCUGAGUACCGUCCUAAGUCUCGGCUCAAGACAAAGGCACGACAGGCUCAUAAGUGUCUAUUGAAUUAAGGUGAUUCUCUCAUCAACCAGUUAGCUUAUUAACUGCACCAGUGAAGAUAUUGACUCGUUUUGAUCGAUCCCGAAUAAAGAAAAGAAAAGGAUGAUCAGCAAUAAAUUGUGCUUGCCCGGAAAUUGUUGACAGCGGGUGAAAUCCGAAACCAGUGAAAGCAGCAGCUUUGGUACCUUUUUCAUCAACUUUGAUAACAGAUUUGUGAAUUGCUGAAGUCAAACUAAGAUGGCCUCGAUCUUGAACAAGUGUUCUCGAUAAAUCCUUUUUAUCACUUGUAUUACUAUGACUACUACCAUUACCAGUACUCCUGAUAGCGUCAUCAUUACCGUUUCUAUGUCUAAGGCUAUCAUCACUGCUAGCAUUACUGUCUAGACUAUUCUUACUCUUCUCCUUAUUAUUUAGAUUACUUUCAUUUUUACCAUCACCACCUUCAGCACUUACAUCAACACGACCUAUGAAGGUAUCGUCUUUAUCAAUUUUGUCAACUUUAGCUUCUUCAACAACCUGAAUCCUCUCCGCUAUGCCUGUGUAAUCUGCUUUUAAAAUGGACAAUCGCAGGUUCUCUAACCUUUCCAUCAGAUCAUAUUGUACUUCAAAUGUAAAUUUUGGUAUUUCUAUGUCAAUAUCACUUUGUGUCAAUCUACUCUCGAUGUAGGAAUCAAUUUCUUGUACAGUUAAAUUUCUAACCAAAUUAAGUAAUGAGUCCCUUUGAUUCGGUAACAAAAUGAUCAUUGAAGCGUUACCCAAAUAAUCAAGUUGAAUUAUUUUCAUGUCUUUCUCCUUAAUUUCAGCAUAAUUGGUUCUCAAUGAAGUUGUCAUGAAAGGAAAACGAUCCGAUGUCAAAUUCCUAACACUUGAAGCCAUCAAGGACGGUAAAGUUGUUUGAAAUGAAGAUUGAGAAGAUUUUGAUGAGGAUAAAGUGAUUUGAUCGAUUCCAUAGAAAGGCCGUUGAAUGAUAAGAGACUUUGGAAACGGAUGAACCCAAUCUCCUUCAAAUGAGAAUGCAUUUAAAAUGAUUAAUUUUGUAUUUGGAUCUAUGGGACCAUCUAAAGCUUUCCUAAUCAUAUUAUUUGUUUUAUUGGCAACCAAUUGAUUAACCUCAUCAACCAGAUUGCUUUUACUCGAUUUAAAGUCUCGAUUAACCACCAAUCCAUUGAAAACGGACUCAAGGGUCGACUUGUAAUCAUCUUUCACCCGAUAAUCAGUUGUAACCAUAACAAGAUUGACCAUUUCAUUUUUACAUGUUGUUGAUGCUGAUAAUUGCUGCAAUUGACCAUUUGGACAUUGGAUAUCAAUCAACUUUAGCAAGAAACGAAAUCAAGAAAAAGAGAGAAAAUUAAAUUUAAUCAAUUAUUGGAUCAGGGUGGAUGGCAAAGAAAAGAUGAAAUCAGAAAUAGAAUUGAAAAGUUCAAAAGUAGUCAAAUGAAUUGUAAUCUACAAUUGCUGUUUGUUAAAUUAUUUGAAAACUGGUAAUCAUUAGUCAUUUGUUUUGUCCUACCAAAAACCUUCAGUUUACAUUGGCUCAACACAAUUACGGUCUCUCAUGUGAGUUGAUGUUUAUAUCGAUUUUUUGGUUAAUAGUUUGUUAAUCAAAAGUUAUGGCUAAUUUUUUGUAUUUAGAGAAUCACAUUUCUAGUUGAAACAAGUAGAUUUUGAUUGUUUUUAAUAUACAUUCAUUUUUAAAUAUCAGUAAAUUGUUAACGUCAUUUUUUUAGAUUAAUUGAUCCCACAUUAUGUUUAGUUAUCAACCAGUUGAAUUAUCAUUAUCAUUUAAACAUCAAAAUAACAUCAACAUUGACUUGACGUCAAGCCAGUGACCAAACUGCGAUUCAAUUUUAGUUCACAAUCAUGUAAAUCCCAAAAUUGUUGAUUAGUUUUAAUUGUUUCGACUUGAACCAAAUGAUUAACUCACAAUUAAUGUUUUGUUUUUGUACUAGAAGAAUGGUUAAAAUGCCAAAUCAAGCAAGAUGUAUACCUUAAUUAAUUUUAUUUUAGAUUCAAUGCUGAUUUAUAAUGAAACCAAAACAAAUUUAAAUACAAAAUACAAUAGUUUUUAUUUAA